AAGGCAUGGGUGGGAGAAAACRUCUGACGAAACACUUGUGACUGGAGAUCCAGAUCAUUCACCUAAGCUCGAAAGACAAGAAGGAAGACAUCAAGAGUAAAUCAAGACACACAAGCUGAAGAUGGGAGACCCGAUCCAACUAAAAGAUGAAGGUAACAAACACUUUCAGGCGGGAGACGUUGACAAGGCCAUUGAAUGCUACUCCAACGCCAUCAAAGCAUGUCAGGACAAGAAGGUUCUGGCUGUUAUUUACAGGAACAGAUCUGCUUGUUWCUUAAAAAAGGAAAGCUAUGCCAAUGCAGUGUCUGACGCAUCUAAAGCCAUCGAUGAAGAUUCAGCAGACAUUAAAGCCUUGUACCGUCGCUGUCAGGCUCUGGAGAAGCUCGGAAAACUGGACAUGGCUUUCAAAGACGUGCAGAGAUGCGCUACCCUCGAGCCAAAGAACAAGACGUUUCUGGACACUCUCCGCAGGCUGGGAGCGGAAAUCCAGGCAAAGCUCAGGACAACAUUUUCCACAGAUUCAAGGGUGCAGAACAUGUUUGACAUUCUCCUCGAUGAGGAAAUGGAGAAGGAAAARAUGGAAAAAGCGGCCAACAACCUGAUCGUGCUGUCGCGGGAAGACGCAGGAGCAGAGAGAAUCUUCCAGAGCAACGGAGUGGCUCUGCUGCUCAACAUGAUAGAGACGGGCAAGGCAGAAAUGAUCCUGGCGGCUGUCCGCACUCUGGCAGGAAUGUGCACGGGCCACAAAGCUCGGGCGAUGGCCAUCCUUAACAUGGUGGGUGUUGAUAAGAUAUGCAGCAUCAUGGCUCUGGACAAUGAAGAAAUUGCCCUGGCGGCCUGCAGCCUCUUUCAAAACAUCAAUGACUCGCUCACUGGGGCGGACACUAGGGAUUAUGGGAAAGAAGCCUCUUUAGUUUUGGAUACAGCCAAAGAUUUGAAAACCAUCCUUCUUGCUCUUCUGGAGAUGAUUGCCAAUAAAAAGGUGUCUGGCCAUGGUAGAGACCAGGCGYUGAACCUGCUGAGCAAGAACGUGCCUCGCCAAGACAAGAAAGAGAAAGACCACUCCAGGACCCUCUUCACUAUAGAUCACGGUCUGAAGAAGAUCCUGAAAGUUUGUGGUCAGGUUCCUGAACUGCCAGACCAGCUGCCCCUGACAGAGAACACACAGCUGAUUGCCAGUAUUCUUCUCAACAAACUCUACGACGACCUGAAAUGUGACCCAGAGAGAACCAACUUCAGGGACAUAUGUAGUGAAUAUGUCAGAUCCAAAAUCGACCCCAACGACAUGGACAAGUCCCUCCACGCCAUUAACACCAUCUCAGGGAUCCUGCAGGGCCCUUUUGAGGUUGGGAAUUCCCUGGUGGGACAGCAAGGGAUCAUGGAGAUGAUGGUAGCGCUGUGCGGCUCCGAACGCGAGGUGGACCAGAUGGUGGCCGUGGAGGCGCUGAUCCACGCUUCCACGAAGAUGAGCCGUGCCAGCUUCUUCAUCACCAAUGGUGUGUCUCUGCUGAAGGACAUCUACAAGAAGACAAAGAAUGAGAGGAUCAAGAUUCGUGCUCUGGUGGGUCUCUGCAAACUGGGUUCAGCUGGAGGUGAUGAUUAUGGCUUAAGGCAGUUUGCUGAAGGCUCCACAGAGAAGCUGGCCAAGCAAUGCAGGAAGUGGCUUUGUAAUCCUCAGAUUGAUUCCAAAACAAGAAAGUGGGCUAUUGAAGGUCUGGCUUAUCUGACGAAUGAUGCUGAUGUAAAAGAUGAUUUCGUGGAAGAUGAGCUUGCAAUGAAAGCGAUGUUUGAACUGGCUAAGUCGAGGGAUAAAACAAUCCUGUAUGCAGUUGCUUGCACCUUGGUGAACUGCACCAACAGCUAUGAUAAAAAGGAGAUCAUCCCUGAGCUGGUCCAACUGGCCCAGUUCUCCAAACAGCACGUCCCGCAGCAGCACCCCAAGGACAAGAAAGACUUCAUAGAGAAGAGAGUGAAAAGGCUGCUCAAGGCUGGAGUCACAUCAGCUCUCGCUGUCAUGGUCAAAGCAGACAACUCUGUCCUGACUGACCAGACAAAGGAGCUGCUUGCAAGGGUUUUCUUGGCAUUAGCAGAGGAUCCCAAAGAUCGUGGCACAAUCGUUGCCCAAGGCGGUGGAAAGGCUUUGAUACCACUCGCUCUUGAAGGCACGGAAACAGGAAAGGUGAAAGCAAGUUUCGCUCUCGCCAAGAUAGCCGCUGUAGCCAACCCCGAAAUUGGCUUCCCUGGCGAGAGGGUUUAUGAAGUGGUGCGGCCUUUAGUCAACCUCUUGCAAACUGACAAAGAAGGAGCACAGAACUACGAAGCUCUCAGGGGACUUACCAACUUGGCAGGAUACAGCGAAAAACUAAGGGUUAAGAUUGUGAAAGAGAAGGCUUUGCCAGAGAUUGAGAACCAUAUGUUUGAAGAGAAUGAAAAAAUUCGACUGGCUGCCACUGAGUGCAUGUGCAACCUUGUGACAUGUAAAGAGGUCCAAGCUCGUUAUCUUCAAGAUGGGAAUGAUAAGCUGAAGCUGCUGGUGCUGCUGUGUGGAGAAGAUGACGACAAACUGCAGAUCGCUGCAGCCGGAGCUCUGGCCAUGAUCACUGCUGCUGAAAAGAAGCUCUGCACCAAGACGACCCUGGUGACGGUCCAGUGGCUUGAGAUCCUGCAGAGGUUGUGUCUCCAUACCAACCCUAUGGUCCAACACCGGGGUCUUGUGACGGUCUACAACAUGCUCAACUCUGACGACAGCGAGCUGGCUAAGAAGCUGAUCGAGAGCGAGUUGCUGGAAAUCCUCACUGUGAUCGGCAAAUCGGAGGACAAUCCCAAGAGGCAGGAGGCCAUCGAUGUGGCCCGCAUGUGCCUCGUCAAAGCCAUGGAUCUGGGUCUCAUCAAGCCCUUCACAGGUCCCUCCUAAAAGGCUGGAGCAGCAAAGGACUCAUUGUUUUAUCUCCUUGGUUAAAAGAGACUGUUUUUUUAACAUUGUUUUUCCAAAUGAUUCAUCAACCUGCUUUUGAUUUUCUUAUAUACAUUACUACUUUUGGGACAUUUGUUAAGUUUUGGCAAAGUGAUAAAUAGGCUUUUUUUAAUAAUUUCCACAAUGAAUGAUAAGUUUAUUUGUGCUUUUGUUUAGUUAUUGAAAAAUAAUGUUUAUUGUGUGAGUUUGCUGAACUGCAUAAUUCUUAAACGAACUAUUCAUGUUUUGCUUUAACAGUUUGAGCCAGAUGAUACCAAUGAACAGCCCCAUUGUCAGUUCAAUUCAAUUCUUUAAAGCAACUGUCAGAUUUUCAAAACUAUUCACAUUCAGCUGUGGCAGAGUGAUUAGGGGAGUCAUCCUGGAACUUGAAGGUCACCGGAAAGUCAUCGAUCCCCUGUUCCAGACGUUUCAGUUGUUGUGCACAGUUGUUAAGUUUAAGACAUUUACCAUUCUUUACCUAAGUAGAAGUAUAGAUACCGGGAUUUAAAAAUACUUUUUUGGAAGUAGAUAUAUCAACUCAAACUUUUUACUCAAGCAAAUGUAUAAAAGUACUGGUUUUAAAACUACUUAAUGUAUAACAGUAACAGUAAUGUACAUUAAAAAAAGCCAUCAAGAAUAAAAGCUUAGGCCAUGCCACUCCCCACCCCCCCAUUUUUUUUCUAAAACCAAUAAUGAGUUUGUUAAAAUAAAAUGUUAAUGUUGAAAAAUGUGUAAUUUACUGACUAGACUACUUGUUUCAGUCAUGUUAUACAGUAUCUCUGCCAUGAACAUCUUCAUUCUAGGCAACAUUUGUCUGUUUUGUGACAUGAUUUACGUCAUAUAGAUGUGAUGGACCAUGCUCCAUCCAGUAGGGAGUCAGAAUGGUACAUAUACAUGUAUAUACUAACGGUUUACAAAAAGUAUACUUCUUAGGACUAAGUGGGUCCACUUUAAGUUUAUGAAAGUAUACUCAAAAGUGUACUGAAAGUACUCUUCUAGGUAUACUAUUAGUUUACUGUGUAGGGGUCACCUCGGGUCAAAUUAUCAAGGAACUGUCUUGGACUCUCAGUCCUCUGAUGGGCCUUGGAAGGGACAAACUCUGUUCCACUUAGAACUGUAUUUAGGCCACCCCAGGUAGCCUUAACCUCAAAGAGAUAUUGUUCUGUCUACCUGGUCGUGUCCUGUUCCAUGUUCUUCGUCUACCUCCAAGUCAAAGUGAGUUUUGCUGUAUUUUCAGCCUCCCUGAGUUUUGCAUUAAAGGCCUUGUGUUUUUUUGAUUUUUGA